CCCAGGGGCUCACUGUUCACAGAUCAAACCAAUCAUGUACUAUUUCUCCAUUUAUCCUCUGGUCCUUUUCUUUCUCUUCUCCAUAUUCCACCAUCUUCCUUGUGCUUCAAGUAAACUUGAAUUAUGUGAGACUUUGUUUGAAUGUGGUAACAUCACCGCCGGUUUCCCAUUUUGGGGAGGGACACGUCACAGAAAUUGCGGCCAUCCGUUGCUGGAGCUUCUCUGCAAUAAAAACAGCAGUACCUCUAUUAUCAUCUCAGACCAAGAGUACUCAGUUUUCCAUCUAAAUCAAACAUCUAACACUAUUAAACUUACCAGACCAGACUUUCUAGGCUCUUUUUGCUCCUCUGUGUUCACCAACACAACCUUGCCUCCCCAAAUUUUUGAGCUUUUGCCAACCUACAAGAAUAUCACUGUAUUCUACCGUUGUGACCCUUUUCUUCCUUACCUUUCAAGUCAUACAUGUCCCAAGAUAGGUCUUAUCUCAUUGUCUGAAAAUCAUAACGGUACAUGCCGUAAUGGUUUCACGGUGAACGUUCCGACGAGUUUUAUUGCAACAGAGAAAAGGUUGAAUAUGACCAAUUUAGAAAGUGUUUUAAGAAAAGGGUUUGAGGUGAAGUUGAAGAUUGAUAGAAAAGCAUGUCAACAAUGUUUAUCCACUCAUGGAAGCUGUGGAUUUAACCAUACGUUGCCAUUAGGAAAUAAAUGCAAUCCACUCCAUCCGCAAACUAAGUCAAAGGAUGCUUGUGGAAAUAAUCAGACCUCGAGUAGAUUUGUCUGUUAUCAUAACCAUACCUCUGGUUCUGGACCAAGGAUGGCUGAUGGCUUGUCCUCUGGAUCGGUAGUAGAUUCUGGAGACCAUGUCGUGACGUCUACUGCAGUGGCAAUAGGUUGCGCAGCAGGUGUUAUAUGUCUGGCGGCAUUCAUAACGGUGUGUCUCCAUUGCCAACAAAUAUCACAUGAUCCGGGUCAACAAAACCUCAGGACUGUUCCACAACCAAAUAUCGAACCAUAUAAUCCACUGAAGAAGUAUAGUUAUGCACAAGUGACACGAAUCACAAAGUCAUUUGCAGAAGUGGUUGGGAAGGGCGGAUUUGGCACUGUUUAUAGAGGAACUCUUUGUGAUGGCCGUAUCGUUGCAGUGAAGGUAUUGAAAGACUCAAAAGGCAAUGGUGAAGACUUCCUCACUGAAGUUGCAACCAUUAGCCAAACUUCUCAUGUUAACAUUGUUACACUGCUAGGGUUUUGCUCUGAAGGUUCCAAGAGAGCAAUUAUUUAUGAAUUUUUGGGAAGUGGGUCUCUUGAUAAGUUUAUCUCAAGCAAGACCACGGUGGAUAUGGAUUGGCCCACACUUUAUGGGAUCGCUCUAGGCGUUGCCCGUGGUUUGGAGUACUUGCACCAUGGUUGCAGAACAAGGAUUGUACAUUUCGACAUUAAACCACAAAAUAUACUCUUAGAUGAUAAUCUUUGUCCCAAAGUUGCAGACUUUGGUCUUGCUAAGCUAUGCGAGAGGAAAGAAAGCAUCUUGUCACUACUAGACACAAGAGGAACGAUAGGAUACAUUGCACCUGAAUUGUUUUCAAGAAUGUAUGGUAGAGUUUCCCAUAAGUCAGAUGUGUAUAGCUACGGAAUGUUGGUACUUGAGAUGAUAGGAGCAAGGAACAAAGAAAGAGCUGCUCAAAACUCUGCAUCUGAUGCGAGCUCAAUAUAUUUUCCUGAAUGGAUAUAUAAGGAUAUUGAGAAGGGAAACACUGGAAGGCUUAACAUGGAUGGAAUCGUCUGCAAAGAAGAGGAGAUGGUUAGAAAAAUGACAUUGGUGGGUUUGUGGUGUAUUCAGUCUUCCCCAAUAGAUCGUCCACCGAUGAACAGAGUUGUGGAAAUGAUGGAAGGGAGUGUGGAUGCUCUUAAAGUGGCUCCCAGGCCUGGUUUGCAAAUUCAAGUAGCGCCUCUUCAAGAAUCUUCUACCCUCUCAGAGAACAUUUCGGUUUAUACAGAGUAUGAUCCAUGAAUGUCUCAUAUAGAAGAAGAAACCUCUUUGAAACCAUAUAUAUUCAUGAAUUAUAUUUAUACUAGUAUAUCAUCCCGUGCUAAGCACAG